GACUUCUAUCUGAUAAUGGGGCUAAACCGCAUCAUAGAAGGAAAACUUAGGUUCCCACUUCCUGAUAUUAAGACUAGGAGGCGCAUCUUCCAGAUACACAAAUCUAGGAUGACGUUGGCUGAUGAUGUCAACUUAGAAGAAUUUGUUCUGACCAAGGAUGAGUUUUCUGGAGCCGAUAUAAAGGCAAUAUGUACUGAAGCUGGUUUACUUGCUCUAAGAGAGCGCCGUAUGAAGGUUACGCAUUCAGACUUCAAGAAGGCUAAAGAUAAGGUCAUGUUCAAGAAGAAAGAGGGGGUGCCAGAAGGACUCUAUAUGUGAAAAUACUCUGUUCUCUAUGCAUAUAGGCAUUUGUUUUGCUUGCUUUUAGACUCCCAUUUCUGUGCUUCUAUACUGUUGAAUAUUUCGCUAUGAGAUAUAUUGCCAUCUCAUGUGGGAUGAUGAUGGUAGUUUCUGCAAGGACAACGUUCUGGUUAAGUCAGUUGCCCGCUUAAUCAAUGA